CCCAGUUCAUUCCUGGUGAGGUUCUACCUUCUGUUUUUGCUAUUGCUAAUGGCUAACUUGCGGCCAGCCAAUCCGACAGAACAGCAGCUUGCGGCAGCCUGGAAUGCAAUGACAUUCAUUUUGCGUUGCUCUCCCUGAUUCAUUUUGCAAAAACAAAACAAAAAAAAAUAUCCAGGAUCAUCCCCCAUUAAUCGUGCGGCUGAAAUUGCAAGAAGGCUUGUCCAUGGUAAAUAAGGGGAGUUCCCGGAAGUAAAGGAGAAUGAAGCAGCUUGGAGCUCGGAGUGUCUGGCUUUCGACAGGGCAGUGAUUUCUGGUCAACCAGCAACCCUUGGCAAGGAGCCAUUCUCUCUCUCUCUCUCUCUCUCUCUCUCUCUCUCUCUCUCUUUCCUUCCUUCCUUUUUUUUUCCCCUGUUGGAGGCUGGGAGGGAGAGAGGGAAGCUCUUCCAUCUUCGAGAGCAGGGGCAGCAAUGGCGGGGGAGAAAGCCAAGCCCAUAGUGAUCGACGCCCAGAAGCUCGCCAGCCUCUUGCGGAGUGGUGUCGGGGCGACAUUGGUGAUUGAUAGCCGCUCGUUCGUGGAGUACAACACCUCCCACGUGCUGAACUCGGUGAACAUCUGCUGCUCCAAGCUGGUGAAGCGAAGGCUGCAGCAGGACAAGUUCUCCAUCGCUGAGCUCAUUCAGCCCUCCGGCAAGAUGAAGAUUGAUGUGGAGGGCAAGCAGGAAGUGGUGCUUUACGACCAGUGCACGCGAGACCCAGACAAGCUGACAUCAGACAGUUUCACCUCUGUACUCCUUGACAAACUGGAGAACUGCUUCCACUACGUGUCUCUACUGGCAGGAAGGCAACUUCUAUGAAAAAUGAACUGCAGAUGCUGGAAAUCCGAAACCAAAACAGAAAUUGCUGAAGAAACUCAGCAGGUCUUGCAGC